AUGAGAGAAAUUAUCCACUUGUCCACCGGUCAGUGUGGUAACCAGAUUGGCGCCGCCUUCUGGGAGACUAUCUGUGGUGAACACGGUUUAGACAACAAUGGUAAUUAUCAUGGCGACGAUGGCAUCCAAAAGGCCAAGUUGGAUGUUUACUUUAACGAGGCCUCUUCUGGCAAAUACGUUCCUCGUGCUGUUCUCGUGGAUUUGGAACCAGGUACUAUCGACGCUGUGAAGCUGUCCCGUAUUGGUAACUUGUUCCGUCCUGAUAACUACAUCUUUGGCCAGUCUUCUGCUGGCAACGUGUGGGCCAAGGGUCACUACACUGAGGGUGCCGAGUUGGUCGACUCUGUUAUGGAUGUCGUUAGAAGAGAGGCCGAAGGCUGUGACUCCUUGCAAGGUUUCCAAAUCACCCACUCUUUGGGUGGUGGUACCGGUUCCGGUAUGGGUACUUUGUUGAUCUCUAGAAUCAGAGAGGAAUUCCCCGACAGAAUGAUGGCUACUUUCUCCGUUAUGCCUUCUCCAAAGGUUUCUGAUACCGUUAUCGAGCCAUAUAACGCUACCUUGUCCGUUCACCAGUUGGUUGAGAACUCAGACGAGACCUUCUGUAUCGAUAACGAGGCCUUGUACAACAUUUGCCAGAAAACUUUGCGUUUGCCUCAGCCUUCUUACGACCAGUUGAACAACUUGGUUUCCUCCGUCAUGUCUGGUGUCACCACCUCCUUGCGUUACCCCGGCCAGUUGAACUCCGACUUGAGAAAGUUGGCCGUCAACUUGGUUCCUUUCCCAAGAUUGCACUUCUUUAUGGUUGGUUACGCUCCUUUGACUUCUAUGGGCUCCCAGUCCUUCAGAUCUUUGUCCGUUCCUGAAUUGACCCAGCAAAUGUUCGAUGCUAAGAACAUGAUGGCUGCUUCUGACCCAAGAAACGGUCGUUACUUGACUGUUGCUGCUUUCUUCAGAGGUAAUGUUUCCAUGAAGGAAGUCGACGAUGAAAUGUACAAGGUUCAGACGAGGAACGCCGACUACUUCGUCGAGUGGAUUCCUAACAACGUGCAGACUGCUGUUUGCUCUGUUCCUCCAAAGGAUUUGGACAUGGCUGCUACUUUCAUCGGUAACUCCACUUCUAUCCAGGAGUUGUUCAAGAGAGUUGGUGACCAGUUCAGUGCCAUGUUUAGAAGAAAGGCUUUCUUGCACUGGUACACUUCUGAGGGUAUGGAUGAGAUGGAAUUUACUGAGGCUGAGUCUAACAUGAAUGAUUUGGUUAGCGAGUACCAGCAGUACCAGGAGGCUAGCGUUGAGGAAGAGGAGGAUGUGGAUUACGGCGCCGAGGAGGCUCCUUUGGUUGACAACAUGGACUAA